AUGCCUUCGAAUCACUCCAAAGACAAGCCGUGGGACACGGACGAUAUCGACAAAUGGAAGGUCGACACCUUCAAGGUCGAAGACAAUAAGGGCGGCAACCUUGCCGAAGAGUCGUCCUUCAUGACCCUCUUCCCCAAGUACCGCGAAGUCUAUCUCAAGGAGGCGUGGCCCUUGGUCACCAAGUCGCUCAAAACCCGGGGUAUCGCCUGCGAGUUGGAUCUCGUCGAGGGUUCCAUGACGGAGCGUCCCCGCCCCCAGGCCGUCAAAAUCUUGGACGACGGCGUGGCGUGCGACAUCAUCAAGAUUCGGAGUCUCGUGCGCAACAAGGAGAGGUUCGUCAAGAGGCGGCAGCGGAUCCUCGGCCCUAACGGGUCCACGCUCAAGGCGCUCGAGCUGCUCACGCAAUCCUACAUACUCGUGCACGGAAACACGGUCUCGUCCAUGGGGCCUUACAAGGGACUAAAGGAGGUUCGGAGAGUUAUUGAGGACUGCAUGGCCAACAUCCACCCCAUCUACCACAUCAAGGAGCUCAUGAUUAAGCGCGAGCUCGCCAAGGACCCGGAACUGGCCAACGAGAGCUGGGACAGGUUCUUGCCCAACUUUAAGAAGAAGACGCUCAGCAAGAGGAAAAAGCCUUUCAAGAAGAGCAAGGUGGAUCUUCAGAUCGAAAGCGGCGAGUACUUCCUCGGAAAACAGGCCAAGGAUAGGGCGGCCAAGGCAGAGAAGAUGGAGCAACAAAAGGUCAAGAUGGAGGAGAAGAAGCGUGAGAGGGAGAGGGACUUUGUUCCGCCCGAGGAAGGGGCCCCGAAGAAGAAGAGGAAGAAGAGCAAGGCUGAUGAUGAGGAGUAA